AUGGCGGCUGGAGUGCUCAGAAACCCGGCCGACUUCUGGUUCCCCGCUCCCUUCUACCAACCCUUCCUGCACCGUGCAGAGACAGACAUCGCGGACACCACGGAAGAGGAGGAGGACGAGGAUGAGGAGGAAGAGGAGGAAGAUGGGGAGGACGAGGAGCUGGAGCUGGAAGGAGGCCGCGGCCUCGGGAGCCCAGGGGAGACGUGGUCGCCCAGUGGGGCCGAGGUGACCCUGCGGUUGCUCAGGUUCUCGGAGCUCAUCAGCGGCGACAUCCAGAGAUACUUCGGCCGGAAGAGCGGAGGCGAGGCCCCGGACGCCGGCUGCGGGUCUCAGGGCGGAUGCCCUGUCCGCCUGGCCGGGGCGGAGCUGGACUCCGCGCUCCUAGUACCUUCGGCCCCCGGGAGGGCCUGCCACGGGGAGAAGCCCCCCGCCCACCUGCCGGCCCGGGCCUCGAGGCCUGCGGGCGGGCCGGGGCAUCUGGGUCCCCUGGAGGACCUGUUCGAGUUUGGGCUGGGCCACACCGGCCCGCCCGGCCCAGCUGGCAGUCGCCGGCUGAGGCUGGAGCAGAAGUACGGCCGCAUCCGGCCCAUGAGAAAGCGGGUGCUGCCCGCCUCGUUCUGGACAGAGCCAGCCCCGGCCCCCGGCGCCCUGGGCCUGCCCCACGCCGACCCGCCCGACUUCAGCGACCUGCUGGCCACCUGGACGUCCGAUUCCGGCCACGAGCUGCCGGGGGGUAUCACGCAGGAGCCAGGAAGAUCGGCCGGAGAGGCGGAUCAGGUCAACGCCGCCUGA